UCGCCAAAUGCCGCAAGUCGGAUCAAAAAAAGGCUUGAAAACCAGUGAAGCCGAAGAAGAAGAACAUUUAACGAGUGGUCUCCUUCAUUGCGCUCACCUCGUCCUUCCAUGGCUGACCUCCCUUGAGCUUGCUAACAUUUCUCUUUCUUGCAAGUUCCUCUAUGCCACUUCCAAAUCCAUCACUCUUCGCCGGAUUCUCGACGCUUCUAGAUCAAUCGAGAACAUCCCCAUCCCAUUCCACCCUCCAAUCAACGAUUGCCCUUACGCCUUCUUCAUCUACACCCCGACGAGCAUCAUCCCCGAUCACCGUAUCGAACGCCAAUGCUGGGGUUCAAUUUCUGAUUCACAGUCGAGUCAUGUCGGGAGCGAAUCGACGAAUUUGGGCGGCGAAGUAUCUGGAUGCGAUUGCGAAAAUUGCGGGGAUUUUGAGUUUCAAUGCCCCUGUUCGAGUUUGGAUGGGUUGGAGGAUGUUGCUAGCGAGUGCGGACCACGAUGUUCUUGUGGGCUGGAGUGUGAAAAUCGGUUGACUCAGAGAGGAAUUUCUGUUCGAUUGAAAAUUUCGAGAGAUGAGAAGAAAGGAUGGGGUUUGUACGCAGACGAGUUGAUUAAAAAAGGGACGUUCAUUUGUGAGUAUGCAGGUACAUUUUGAUGUUCAUUUUCUGGAAUUUGUUACGAUUUUGCAUAGUUGUUCUGCCCUUUCUGCCUUAAUUUGUUUGAGCGGCUGAAUUUAGUAUGAACAUUAGAGUUAAAGAUUGCAUACAGUCUUUGAAUCCCCUCGGUAAUCAGUCCACAUUACGCCAUGAAAAUACACAUAUUCUUAGUUGAAGUCCUGAAUUAAUGCUUAAGGAACUGCUCACCUACGUUUCAAUUUGCAUAUAUUGAAGAAGUGAGUUUCAACUUAUAAGAUUAUAUUUUAGUCAAGUCCCAAAAUAUAUGUAUAUAUUUCUUUCGUUCCAUUGUUUUUUCAGUGAACCAGUGUUCUUGGUCCAACUAUGAACUAAACAAAAUCUCUCAUAAGCUAAUAGAAGAAUUAGGGGUCUCAUUGUUUGAAUCUUGAACUAAUGUUUAAGAAAACUACUGAUUUACCUCGUAUGUACAUAGAAUAAGUUAAUUUCAUCCAAAUUAGUCAGUAUAUUGAAAGUUUGCGAACUCUAUUGAGUAUGAAAGAAUGUUUUAUAGUUUCAUGGGGCGUGAAAGUCUGCAAAGUGAGGAGUAGUUAAUAUUAGUCCACAAAA